CUGAGAGGGGGGAAUUGGCCUCUGCUGCAGAAUACAGUGACUCACUUUCAAAACUGUGGCUCUCGACCACGCCACCACUUCCAGCGCCACGAUGAGCCCUCCUAACUCCAUGGCUAAUGCCAAUGGCGACGGCAAUGGCGUGUUGAUGAAUGGGGGCAGGGUGGAUUUCGAUCCCAGCGAGGCUCCUCCCUUCAAGAUUGCCGACAUCCGCGCUGCAAUCCCGCCGCAUUGCUGGGUCAAGAACCCAUGGAGGUCGAUGAGCUACGUCCUCAGGGACGCCAUCGUCGUGCUCGGCUUCGCCUUCGCCGCCGCGAAGCUCGACAAUUGGGCUCUCUGGCCGCUCUACUGGGUCGCUCAGGGGACCAUGUUCUGGGCAAUCUUCGUCCUCGGGCACGAUUGCGGACAUGGGAGUUUCUCGGAUAGCAGGGUGCUGAACAAUGUGGUUGGACAUAUCCUGCAUUCCUCAAUCCUUGUACCUUACCACGGAUGGAGAAUUAGCCACAAGACCCACCACCAGAACCAUGGCAAUGUUGAGAAAGAUGAAUCCUGGGUUCCGCUGCCAGAGAAAGUGUACAAGGAGCUGGACACAAGCACCAAGUUCAUGAGGUUCACUAUCCCUCUCCCGAUGUUCGCUUACCCUGUCUACUUGUGGACAAGAAGCCCAGGGAAGAAAGGGUCCCAUUUCAAUCCCUACAGUGACUUGUUCGCCCCACAUGAGAGGCAAGCCGUCUUGAUUUCCACCCUCUGCUGGACAUCCAUGGUUCUACUCCUCCUCUACUCCUCUUUUCUCUUUGGCUUCCUACCUGUCCUCAAGAUCUAUGGCCUCCCUUACCUCAUAUUUGUGGCGUGGCUGGACAUGGUGACAUACCUUCACCACCACGGGUACGAGCAGAAGCUGCCAUGGUACCGAGGGAAAGAGUGGAGCUACCUGCGUGGAGGGCUCACGACCGUUGAUCGAGACUACGGGAUCAUCAACAACAUCCACCACGACAUUGGCACCCAUGUCAUUCACCACCUCUUCCCUCAGAUCCCACACUACCACCUCAUAGAAGCGACAAAGGCAGCGAAGCCUGUGCUGGGGAAGUACUACAGAGAGCCAAAGAAGUCAGGGGCAUUCCCGUGGCAUCUGUUCGGCUACUUGGUGAGAUCCCUUGGAGAAGAUCACUAUGUCAGCGACACAGGGGAGGUUGUCUUCUAUCAGUCAGACCCUGAGAUCUUCACAUUCUCCAAGCCCAAGUCCAACUGAUGAAGUAGAGUGAGACUCUCACUCCACCUCACCAAUGUAGUUUAAAAACGAUGUCAUAAAAUGUAAAAACGUACGUUUUUUACGUUUUAGACCAGGCCAGCCAAACCCAUCAGUUUCUACAUAAAAACGUUUUGUGUGCAAAAAAACGUCAAAGAAUGCAAUAAAACGUACGUUUUUUGUACGCCUCUGAACAACAUCUGAAAUUGCUGAUCAGCAGCUAAAUCGACGCCUUUUUCUUCCUGUAUUAACGUCUCAACGACCACCGACUCUCUACCUCCUGAGCGUCUGGGGUUAAUAUUGAAUCCUCGUGGUGGCAGCA